ACAGCGAAUCGCCCGCCCGCUGCACAACACUACCAGAGAGAAGAGGCGGUACUGCAUCCAGCGACGCUCGACAGAGCAAGCAAGCCAUGGCCGGCGUCCUGCUCUCGGCCGCCGUUGCCUGCGUCCUUCUCGCCGGCGCCGUGACCGCGUCGUCGUCGUCGUCGCCGCGUGUGUUCACCGUCGGCGGCGAAGAGAGGGGCUGGAGGCAGCCGGCGCCCGGCGAGGAGACCUACAACCACUGGGCCACCAAGAACCGCUUCCACGUCGGCGAUUUCCUCCGUAAGUACGAGAAGAACGACUCGGUGCUGGUGGUGACGCGCGACGACUACAAGCGCUGCGGCGCGGACAGGCCGGUGUUCCGCCUCGAGGGCGGCGAGGCGAGGUUCCGGCUCGAGCGGAGCGGCUUCCUCUACUUCAUCAGCGGCGCGCCGGGCCACUGCGGCGCCGGCCAGAGGUUCACCGUGCGCGUCAUGUCGCAGAGGGACAGCGGCAGCGCCUCCCCGACGGAGGCCCCCGCCAUGUCUCCCGGCGGGUCCUUCAACUCCACGCCGGGGUCCGGAUCAGGUUCCACGCGCAUGCCGCCACGCGGGAACGCCGGCGACGGGAAGAUCAGUGGCGCCGCGCCCAUGCGCGCGCCCUUCGGUGACUAUCACGCCGUUGGCACCGCUCUGGGAGUGGGUGCCGCCGUGCUGGUCUUUGCAUGAGAUGCUCGUUGCGCUGCAUGCAUUGUGCGUGUGCAAGCUGUUAGUCUCUUUCCAAGGUCGUGGACAGUCUAGAAUCAUUUGCUUAACUUGUUUGAUUUGUUGUGCCCUCUGGGUGGUAGGCUGGUAGCAUGUUGUGUUAAUUAGCUAUUACAUAGUUUGGUCGUGAUUUGUUAACUUCUUGCGAACGAAUUGCGAAAUUCUUGGUUAUUUAAAUUAGUUUGUUAUUAUAACUUGAUUAUGUACUUCACAUGUUUUGGUGCCACCAAGAGAUUGCAAUGACGAAACUCUUAAUUUUCU